AUCCACAGUUCAUCAUAAUCCUACAUUAUCCCUCACCUUUCUUUCUUCAAUCUUCUUCUCUAAAUCACUCAUCAAUCUUCUGCAACUCCCUCACCAAUUUCUCUUAAAAUCCCUGUUCAAUCUUCUAUACUUCAUUCAUCAAAAAUGGAUAUUGAAUCAGGGAAAUUUGAUUCACAGAGCAACAAUGGCAGAUAUUUAGAAAGUGGGUUUGAAUGGUUUAAGGGUUUCAUUGGGAAGCUCAUACAAAGUGGAACCAAAUUUGAGGGUAAAGUAGAAAAAUUGGGGAGAGACGAUCCAAGAAGACUAAUUCACUCCUUGAAAGUUGGAAUAACCCUAGCAUUGGUCGCUAUUCUCUUCUAUUUUAGUCCCAUUUAUGGUGGAUUCAAGUCUGCAACAAUGUGUGCAAUCUUAACAGUGGUUGUCGUUUUUGAGUUUAGUGUUGGUGCCACUUUGGGUAAAGGAAUGAACAGGGCAAUCGCAACAUUUGCAGGUGCUGGUUUAGGGGUUGCUAUUCAUCACCUAGCAGACCUAGCCGGAAAGGGAGGAGAACCCAUUCUUCUCGGUUCUUUUGUAUUCUUAUUGGCCGCUGUCGGGUCCUUUUCUAGGUUUUUUCCCGGUAUCAAAGCAAGAUAUGAUUACGGAGUUUUAACUUUCAUAUUAACAUUCAGUUUAGUUUCUGUAUCGGGUUACAGGAUUGAUGAAAUCUUUGAAUUGGUUCUUCACAGAUUCUCCACUGUUUUGAUCGGUUGUCUUAUAUGUGUGAUGAUCUCAGUCUUUGUUUAUCCUGUAUGGGCUGGAGAAGAUUUGCAUAAUCAAACUUGUCUCAACAUGGAAAAACUUGGGGAUUUAUUAGAAGCAAUUGGAAGAGAUGGUCUAGUUCAUGACAACACUAGCAAAUACUUACUUCACCUUCCUGGAUGUGAAAGUGUUAUAAACUCAAAGGCAGCUGUAGAAUCUCUUGUUAAUUUUGCAAGAUGGGAGCCACCACACGGAAAGUUUAGAUAUGGUCAUCCAUGGAAGCACUAUUUGAAGAUCAACAUGGUAACUCGUCAAUGUGCAUACAAGAUUCAAUCUCUUUGCAACUCCAUCAAAACUUCUCAAACCCAAUCAGUGGAAUUAAGUAAGAUGAUUCAAAAGGAAAAUAUGACAGUGAGUACAGAGUUAGGGAAAGCAUUAAAAGAAUUAUCAAAUUCAAUUAAGAUGAUGGCAUAUUCUGAAUCUAUUUUAAAACAUCUUAGCAACUCAACGGAUGCCGCAGAUAAUAUCAAAGUUUCCCUACAGUCAUGUAAAUUGGAGGAUACAAACAUCUUUGAGCUGAUGCCGGAAAUUCAAACAACUACUCUACUGAUGGAAGUCAUUGAGAGCAUAGGAAGUAUUAUUGAUUCAGUUCAUGAACUUUCUAGCCUAGCAAAGUUCAAAGGUUCAGAGGUGCCAAAACCGCAAGUGGAGUGUAUUUGUAGUGAUGAUCAGGCAGCACAUGUUGUUAUUAUGGUAUGUGCACUAUCUUCAGAUCUGGAAAGUGGAGUUUCACAAGACAAUUGCCAUUUGUGAUCAUUGUAACUGUGUUAAAAGAAACUUGUAAUUAGAAGCCUUCGAUUUCUGCAACUGUAUAUGUAAAGAACUGUUUAUCUUGGUGAUGAGGUCUCACUGCAUACAACGCAAAAAUAGAGCAUGCCAGACAUUAGAGUUGAGCAAUACCCGAGAACUUAAGGAUAUUUGAGAUGGAAGUUCAGUUCUGACUUUUAAAAUAUUCCAUAACAUUAUGAGGCUUUUGUGGUUACACUAGAUGGUGUACAAAAAUGGUUGUUUAUAUACGGAUGGUUGUUUUGAGAUGGAAGUUCAUCAACUGGAACAGCUUAGGUCUUUCGAGCUGAUGGUUCUGCUAUCGGAUGUG